GUUGAGAUAGUGCCAAAAUUAGAUUUUGGGCAACGAAGAAAUUUAGUGCGAUUUUUAGGGAAAAUGAUGAGCUGAAAGAAGAAAUUAGGAGACUGAAAAAGCAGUUGGGAGAUAUGAGAGAUAAGGAGAAUUGUGACAGGAGUAUGAAUACGCAGAAAGAGGAGGGGAAAAGGAAAACAAAGUUAAUAUCUCUGCAUCCUGGGAAAAUUCCUAGAAGGAAGUAUCAAGCCAGAGAUAGUUUUAAAGGUAUACAUGAGAAUGAGAGGAUUCGAGAUAUUACAAUUAGCCAGUCUGAGAAUCAGAAUUCAGAAAUUUUAAAUCAGAGGCAUAAGAAUAUUGAUAAUUCUUAUUGUGGGAUUAGUAGGGACUCUGAACUACUUCGAUCUGAACUUCAAACGAUCAAAGAACAGCUUGAACUUAGCAAUAUCACUCACCAUGCAGCAUCUCAAAAAUGGAAAGCCCAAGAACGAAACUAUAUGUCUCUAAUCGAUUCAAUAAAAAGCCAAGACGAAUGGGACGGCAUCUACCAGACCCUCAUCCACAAGGUCGAAAAUCUCAAAGACGACAUAGAAAACAUAAAAAUUGACUAACUCAACCUCCC